AUGCCGCACCUAUUCGGAAUGGAUCGCUACGACUCCUGCUUGAGCGCCGACGACGGCCUGUACUGCGUGGUCAAGUUGGAUUUGUACCCCGGAAAGGCCAGUGAACUAAUGCAACUUAUCAAAGAAUACUCGGCGUACACACAAAAACAUUAUAAUUAUACGUACAUCGAAAGGGGGCUUUACGAUUAUCUCUACCAUCAAACUGAUACAAUUGAGAACGCCACGAAUGAAAAUAGACUAUUGAUGAACUUCUCUUUGCGAAAAAAUUGGAGAGAUUUGGUGAAAUCCGAGGUGAAUGACUCCAGACAUAAUAGUCUUAAAGGAUUACAUGGAAUAAGAUCUGUAACGGCUUGUCUCAUGAUAAUAGCACAUGUUAUAUUUAUCAAUUCGAUGGGAUUUAUCGAUCAACCCCGUAAUUUCGAAAAGGCGUACGAGACUUUGCACUUUCACCUGGUUUUCAACGGUUUGAUGAUCGUGCAGAUUUUCUUCUUCAUGGCCGCCUUCCUACAGGCGUAUUACAUUCAAAUAGGCUCUGAAACCGAGAGGAUAACGUGGUCACAGCUACCGAAACUGUUGUUCGCUCGCUGGUGGAGAUUGACUCCUGCCAACGCUGUCAUGAUCGGCUUCUCUGCCACUUGGAUGAGGCACCUUGGCUCUGGGCCCCUUUGGAAACAUUACGUUAGCGAGGGUGUGGUAGCGCAAUGCCGCCGCUUCUGGUAUCUCCACCUCGCCUACCUUAAUAACUACCAGCCGGAAGACAAGCUAUGCGCUGUGCAGACCUGGCAUGUAGCGGCGGACACACAGAUGUUUGUGUUUACCAUGCUGAUUUACCUGGCAACGAUGUCUCGAGGCAGAAGUUUGGCACUCUCCGUCUUGCUGCUGAUGAGCAUCGCUGCGCCAGCGCUCCACGUGUGGCUUCAGGAUAUGGACGCGAUGGUGCUGCAGACGCCCGAAGUGUAUCGGCAUUGGUCCGAUAGGACUUUCCACAAUAUGCAUAUCCAUGGCCACAACAACCUAUCCAGUUACGUCAUUGGUCUAGGUAUCGGCACGCUAGUUUACAAUUGGCAGAAGAAGAAACGAUGGGGGGCGCUGAGCUGGUUAAUAAUCCCGGCGAUGGGCUUCCUCUUCCUGACGGGGCGUGGGUUUUAUGGGGAGGGAGAGCGGGCCUCACUUGGCGUGCGUUUACUGUACGCCGGCACACACCGGGCCGCAAUGGGUUUACUGUCCGCUGCGGCCGCGAUCUCUGUCACCAUGAGGCUGAGCGAAAGCUUCUGCAAUUUCUUCGAGUGGGACGGUUGGCUGGUACCCAGCAGGCUAUCCUACAGCGUGUAUUUGUUGCACAUGAAUCUCGUGCACAUUCUGAUGGGCCUUAAGACCCAACUGGGCCUUGUGUCCUUGUUCAACAUGUUGGUGGUGUACUUCGGCGUGGUGGCGAUAUCGCUGGCCAUGGCGUUGCCAUUCUACCUUGUGGUGGAAGCGCCGAUGACGGGACUCCUGAAGAUAUCUUCAAGUCCAAUAAAGCACGAAAGCAGACGGAGGAGAACGGGAAGAAGA